AUGCGUGAGGUACCAGCAUGCCUGAGCCGAAGAUACAAAGCUUUGGACGAAUUGGUCCAAGAGCUCAACUCUUAUCAACCGAGUAAUUCACACGAGUGUGCCCCAACCGAGGAGCCAGGCAUAAAGUUGAUGUGCCAUUUCUGGGAUAUUCUCAAAGAAGAUCCCGAGUUUAAUUUAACGCAAGCAGUUCAUCAAAGAAUGAGAGCAAGAGGGGUCUGCAGUGGAACAUUCGGAUUGCAAAACGUCAGUUGCUACAGGUCAGGCUGCUGUGGGAGGGAUAGUAAGAGAAACGAAACUCCAAGUAAUCAAAAUAAUAUGAUCCAAGGAAACCAGCGUAAUAAAACGUCUUCGUCCAAAUCUGCAACACCGAGUGCAACACCAAGCCAAAAUAACUUACCGCUGAACAAAGUUUUGUGUAAUGUAAAUGAGGCUGUAUCAUUCGAAAAGAAGUGUCAGGAAAAAAUUACGAAGUUGCUAGAGACGCAAAGUCAGUUGCAAGAUCAGAUACAAAUUUUGGAGGGACGAGAGAAGGAAAGUGUAAAGUUGAUGAAGCAAGCCGAUUGUAUGUGGUCCUGUAUGGAGGAGGCUUAUAAGACAAAAAUUGCAGAAUCAUUAGAGAGGCAAAAUGGUUUAUUAAAACAGCUCAAAGAAGUAGAAGAAAGUAAUGGGAAAUGGCGGAAAAAUAAAAAAGAUCUAGAUUUUCAAAUGAAUAAUAUAAAUAAAUGCUAUCAAGAAAUAAAGGAUAAGAUCAAUGAAAAAACGAGCGACAUAAAAUGUAUCGAUUUGGAGAUAGCGAAUUUUAAAAAACAUAUUGAAUGUAACAAGAGUGAUCUGGAAUCAGCCAAAAAAUCUUUUGGCACCAAAAAGCAAGCUUCAGAUGCUAAAAUUAGAAGUAUUGCAGCUGAGGUUACGAAACUAGAGAAAAGAUUUAACGAAGAAAAAAAACGUAAAUUCUUAAAAGAACAAGAAGGUACAAAAUAUAUUAAAGAAGCCCGAGAAGAAUUACAGAAACUCUGCAAAGUACUAUUACAAAAGAAAAUUGAAAGUGAGAAUUUGAAAGCAGAGAAAGAGGCUUUGCUAUUGGAAAUAAAUUUGCUUAUUCAAACCUGUGAUCAGUGUAAAGAUAAGUGUAAAAGCAAGGAAGAAUCCAUUGACGAAGAAAUAAAAUCUUUAAAAAAAGAAAUAGCUGAAUUCAAAGUAAGGUGCACACAUUGUCACGAAUGUAUUGACACGUCUGAUAUUAGAAAGUUUUGCACCGAUUGUCCAAGAUGUCUUGAAGAAAGAAAUUGUUUGAAUGAAGGUGACCAUUGUAACCACGACCCCGCAAUGGAUUGCGUUUGCAUGACAGUAAAGCAGAAAUUUUUGGAUAAUGUAUUUGACAAUAUGUACACCUCGUUAGAAAGACAAGUCCAAAGUAAACCUGGGAAAGCUGUGGCUGAAGAAGUAAUGAAUUGUCUAAAGAAAAGUAGGAAUGGUAAAUUAAACGAACAAACGAGAAAAAUAUUACAGGAUUUUAUUUUGACUACUGUCAAGAAGAAUUUAAAUUUGACAAUAGUUGGUGGUGCCGUGAAGACAAGAUGUGAGAUGGAUGCGGAAACGUACAACCAGCUGAUGCUUUGCCUGAAACAAGUGAAAAUAAUGAAGCCCAAGAAAACUGAUAAAGGAACUGAACCUAAAAAGGAGCCCUGCAAGCGUUGGGGUGGUUCGAGCGAAUGCAACUGUCCAAAGGGCUCUAAGGCGUGUAUAUGUACUAAGAGAGCACCCCCACCAUUUGCUGAAUUAUCAUCUUGUCCACCACAACAAGAUCCAGAAGAUACAGGUGAAGUGAUCAUAUGCCCACAUAAAGAUUCGACGCCAUGUGGUCCAGAUUGUGGCAUGCAGGGAGUGCCAAACGCUGUUGGAAGUGAGGUAGCAGCUUGGCGACCAAGCCCUUGCGAAGGUCCAACAUGCCAGUUUAAAAACAUGCGAGCUGCUCAAUGCGUCCUUGGGCCUGAAAAACUAUCUUCUGCGAGGACCUUAAUUGGGCAGUCUUCGAUUUCACCAACUACAUCUAUAUUAGAUGAUCAGGUUACCUGCAACUGCAGUGCCAUGACUAAAGUACCCUGCGACUGUCCUAAAGAUGUAAGAGGUCACCCUCGUGAGCGUAUUAUUGAGGAAGUCAUGGGAAGAUAUACCGAAAUAACCCCGAUUGAGAAAGUAAGUUAUACUACGUUAAACUCUGAAUCUUUUGAUGUAAAAUCUUAAAUUUAAGGAUUGUUGUAUAGUAUACUGA